AUGGCGGCCAAAGGUGCAGAUCUCUGCGAUCGUACAUUUGAGAGAGAAAUCGAGUGUAAAGAUGGAAUACUUAAGAUCAAGCAAGCUGAAGUAGGUGACGAAAGUUGUGUUGUAUGGGAUGCUGCCCUAGUUCUUGCGAAAUAUCUACAAACAGAGCACUUUUGCCCCACAAAACACCUCGUGAAUAAGCAAGUUGUGGAACUAGGUGCCGGUACUGGUGUGGUUGGACUAAUAGCUGCCUCGUGCGGGUAAUACACCACUUCGUUGUAAUGAGCAAUGAUUAUACCUUUUUAAAAGGAUCACCUCUUUACUUCUUCAUGACACCCGUUUACUAUCCAAUCCCUUUAUUCCGCGGCCAACAUUUUGUAAGCGUAGGUUAAGGAGCUCACUUGCCUUGAAUAGGUAAGUACCGUAGUGUAAAAUGAUCCAAAUCAGAGUUGGUUCCACUUAAAAGAGUUCUCCAACUUAGAGAGGUGUCCAUGUUAUGGAAGGGUGCACUCAAGAGAGGAAGACAUCAUAGGGAAGUGUCCUCCAUAGAUAUAUUACCACCUUAAAAAGGUGUCCACUCGGGAGGCGUUCAUCAUUGAAACCUGUUCAGCCUAGAGGCGAUGUCCACUUUGAAGAGGCCUCCACUCAAGAGAAGUUUCGAGCUUAGAAAGUUGUUCAUAAAAUACAAUACAAUACUUUAUUAACCAACCGCACAAAGCAGAGUGCAAAUAACAUACAAAUAGAGUACAAAUAUCCUGCAAUAUUGUACAGUCAUUUGGAUUGUUGAUUAUUUUUUACUGUAAAAAAAAAACCUGUGUAACCAGUUGGCCGCAUGCACUAUGUCUCUCUAUCCACUUUGCUUUUCCUACCUUGUGAAUAAUGAGCAGAAAUACUUAACAGAAAAAAAAAUUAGUUCGAUAAAAAAUAACUUAUUACUAGGCAUUUUGGUGUGUAGUAUCCCUGAGUAUUUUACUUGUUGUUUGUGUUUUGACUCGCCCUUUAGGCUCAUCAAAAUACAGAACAACUCGUCAAAAUACUCAGCAAUACUACACACCAAAACAUCUAAUAAGAUAUAUUUAUUAACAACUCCCCAUGGGGAUUUUUCAAUGAUAAUUUAAAUAAAUAGUUAUUGAAUCAAAGGAUAAAUAUUAAAAGGGUAAUCAAAAUAAGUGUUUAAGACUAAGUAAAAGGAUGAUGGAACAGCUCAUUGCAAAAAGUUUUUCAAAAGAUGCCUUCUUAAAUUAUGCUCAAAAUUAUUUAGAGAUUGGCUAAGUUUGAUUUCAGAUGGUAAAUUAUUCCAUAUAUUAACAAUUCUAUAAAAAAAGGAUUGCUGCCCUGUUUUAGUUUUAAAAGAUGGAAUAUUCAACUGUUGUGAAGUUCUGGAACCCUCUAAGCAUUUACUAAGGGGGCGCCUUGUUGUUUGAACCAGUUUUCAAAUGGUUUGCACCUAAAAAGUGUCUCACCUUAAGGAGUGUUGUUUGCUUCAUCAACAAAUAUUUGCGCAAAGUUAGCUUCUUUUUAUCUCAAAUUAUUUUGCUAUAAUUUUCAGUGCACAUGUGUGCUGUACAGACUUGCCCGAGGUUGUACCACUUAUUGAAUUGAACAAAACUAGCAAUCAGUAUAUGAUAACUGGAACAUUUACAGCUGCCACCUUAAAAUGGUAAGAAACCUUCAUUUUUAUCUGCCCCUUUCCUUUCCAUUCCUCUCAUCAUGCAUUUCUCCUUCACAGGAUAUUUGUGUCAUUUGUGAUAUCAUUUCUUAUGUUCUUUCAGCCUGCAAGCUGGCUUUUACUAGCACAUCUGCAGGCUUUACAAGAAGCCUGGCCAUUAUAUUCUUGUGAAGCAGCCUAGUGAGAGUCUGUUACAUGUAAGAGGCUAAUGUAUUUCAUGUCUGGAAACUUAGGGGUCAAGAUGUGUCAGCAUUUCAACCCUGCCCAGAUCUUGUCCUUGUUGCUGAUUGCAUUUACUAUGAAGAGGUUAGAAUACUUUUGUUGAACUUUUUUUUUUUUCUAUUGCACUCAAGCCAACCAUCCAAGAAAUUCUUGGCUCUUGCCUCUUAUCUCUUUACAGCCUAAUACUCUUUUUCUUUCCCUUAUACAGUGUUGUCCUGAGCUCUCCUCUUCAAGUUUAACCCUUUGACUCCCAAGAUCUGAUUAGUAAUUCUCCUUACUAUCUGCCAUACAAUUCCUAUGAUGUUAGUUCAGAGAAUUUGGUAUUGGAUCAACUAAUAAUCCCAUGGCUGAUAUUCUUCUCUAUUCUCAUCACCUGCCUGCUUGAUAUUGUAUUGAUAUUGUAAGGAGAAAUUCUGUCUUGGUCACUUGUGGGGGUGAAAGGGUUAACCCUUUAACUUCCAGAAGUGAUUAACAUGUAACUUCUCCUUAUCAAAUCCAUACAUUAUAAAAAAAAAAGGUAAUGAGAAUUCUUAAACUUAUCAGGUUGAAGUUGUUGUCUUGAUCCAACACCAAAUUCUCUGAACUAAUUCAUAAAGAAAUGUGUAGGAGCUAGGGGAGAGAAUUAACAAUCAGCUCUUGGGAGUUAAAGGGUUAGCCCUUUGUUCCCUAGGAGUGACAAGCAUUUAAAUUCUCCUUACAACAUCACUACUGAAUUAAACAUUAAGGUCAUAAGAAAAAAAGGAAAUGAUCUCCAACUAAAGAAGUUCUUGAUUGUUGAACAAAUUCUCCCUGUCAACAUCUUAGGAAAUUUAAAGGGAACAGUAAAGAGAAUAUGCAUACUGAUGCUUGGUUUGAGGGUUAAAUGGUUGCCUGUGAUUGAGUUGUCCAUCACACAAGCCUGCCUGUGAAAUUGUUUGUCUUUUGAUGAGCCUGAAUGAUUUAAAAUUUUCUCUUAUUGUUAGUCCUUAGAACCUCUUGUGUCUACACUUUGUGAUCUGAGCAAUGAGAACACAACUAUUUUGAUAACCUAUGAAGAGAGAACAACUGGUAAUAAGCCUCAGCUGGAGAAAAAAUUCCAUCAGGUAAUGAACUUCAGUUCAAGGGGUGUGAGGUAUGAAGCCCAAGACUUUUGUUGUAACACUUAUUUCUCCUUAUGUUUCACCAAGGAAAUGCAGGAGCUUGGAAGGAGAAUCUAGCAGCCCAUCAGAAGGGGCUAAGGGCUUUUUUAUGCCUCCACUAAGUUGAGUUCAAGAAAUAAAGGCCUACACCUUGCGAUAGUCUGCAAACAAACGACAGUUUUAGUGUAUCAGGCGAAUGUAUGCAAACGCGAGCAAAGCGCAGAGGGCAAGGCGCGCAAAGAGCGAAACACGCGCGAAAGGUGAGACACGUGCAAGGAGAGGACGCUCUUGGCGCUCUCUCUCUCGCCCGUGUCUCGCUCCUAGCGCAUGUUCAGCCCCUCGCACGUGUCUCGCUCCUCACGCUCGCUUCGUACUUGCCCUCAGUCACCGGAAAAACACAAAUAAAUGACGCUUGUUCUGCAGCCUAACCUGAGAGCAAUGGCCAACUAAAAUUGUAAUUCCCUUCUCGUUUUCUUGUUCUCAGCUUAUCAAAGAACACUUCAUAGUGGAAGAAAUCCCAGAAGAACAGCAAGACCCAGUUUACCACAGCCCUGAUAUUCACCUUUUAAAGCUUAAACGAAAACUUUAAAGAUAGUGGUAGGCGGAAAUUGAUGCUUGGCAAGAUCUCAAGUCGGUUAGCGAAGAACUGAAUCCCUAUACUGCUUCAUUAAGCCGAACAGAACGACAACGUUUUAUAGAUAUGCUCAAAAACCUUCCUGGCGCGGACACUAAGAGCUUCCUCGAUACUCCUUCGUUAUUUGAAAGAGUUAAGCUUGCCUUUUCAGGAUGCGACAGUGGAUUCGAAAUUGCAGCGCAAAGAAAACGUGUUCCCAGAAACUCGACCAUGAUGUAAGUACUUUAUAAAUCGGCGUCAACGCUACACAAUGGGAACGUCUGCAAGGAGUUGAAAGGGUGUGCACGAUUUAAGAGUUCACACCAGCUUGCAAAUGUACAUCCAGGCCUGGAAAAGUCGCACAAGUAAAGAAGUGUUCGUUUGAGCUGUGUAGUGGUCGAAGAAUUGGAAAAAAGUUGGAAAUUCUGUGUCAAGAAUUGAAACAUUGAGACAUUUGGUUACUUCUAAAAUGUCUCAACGUCUUAAAAAAGUGGAUGAGGAAAGUCUUGGAACUGUUUUUUACAAUUUCUGCAUGAACCACAAUUCAGUUCACAAAGUUCCAGAUCUG